GGAAGCUGAUGCCAUUGCUGAUUUGAUCAAGUAUAAGUCAUGGAUAAAGAUAUUUUUAUAUUUUUUCAUCAUUUUUUCUUUCAGGUGAACCUGCCACUGUGCAUAUAAAAAUAGCUAUCUUAAAUAUUAAUUAUGUGGAUGAAGAGAAACAGGCAUUUGGAGUUGAUAUCUUUUUCCAUCAAAUAUGGAAAGAUCCCAGGUUGAAAAUUCCAUCCACUCACAAUACCAGUCGACUGGUCCUUGACAGCAAAUGGCGGACGCACUUGUGGACGCCCGAUACAUAUUUCAAAAAUUUAGUCGAUGGAAAAGUGAAUGACAUCAUAAUUCCGUACAGCUAUAUGGUGGUUGACAGUAAGAGUGAUCUGUUCUUUGCUUCAAGAGUAAGUUUGAAACUCGAUUGUGAAAUGGAUUUGACAUCAUAUCCUCAUGAUGUGCAACAGUGCGAAAUUUUGAUAAUGAGCCUUCAACAUACGACAGAUAAUGUCGUUUUGGUGUGGAAAGAAUUUCAGAUCACCGAAAAUAUCCUUUUGGCGCAAUACUACGUUAGUGGAAAUACCAGUAAGAAUGGAACUAAGAAGUACAAUAUAGGAGAAUUUUCCUACGUUUCGGGAAAAAUAAACCUCGCAAGGCGCCUGGGGUAUUUCCUGAUCAAUAAAUACAUUCCUUGCGUUCUUAUCAUAUGUAUGUCCUUCGUUACAUUCUGGAUUCCUGCCGAGGCAUAUCCAGCUAGGGUAACUUUGUCCGUGACAUCCCUUCUCACCAUUGUUACGCAACAGUAUCAAAGUGCGAUGCCAUCCGUCUCUUACGUCGUCGCUCUGAAUAUCUGGAUGCUUUCUUGCAUUGGAUUUGUCUUCUGUUCUCUCCUAGAAUAUGCCUUUGUGAUUGCUGUCAUGAAUAACAAUGGAACAGAUCUUUGGCCAUUUCGUAAAUUCAAGAAACUUUUCCAUCCAUCGAAAGGCUCCUGCAAUGACAGCGAAGCUGGGAAGUCCCCUACUCGCAGUGCCGAAUCUUCGAAAAUUUCUCACCAAGCCAUUGACAAGGCAUCAAGAUUGAUCUUCCCACUUUUUUUCCUGAUAUUUUGUAUUUGCUAUUUUGUUUACUUCUGUCGUCGGUAGCUUGCAAGAAAAGGAGAAUACGGAACUUAGUCAUGGCACAUCAAUAAAGGAAAUUUGUUCUAAGUUCCACCUCAAGUGUUAACUUCGUCAAGCAUGGCUUAAAAAAACUCCGUUUCACAAUGACUGUAAUUUACAUCUCUCAUGCGUGAAAUGACUUUCUUUUUAUGUAUUUUAUAAAUAGAGAGUUGUUAUGAAAAGAAUUAAGCACAACACAAUUCUAAUUCUGAAAGACGUUUCAACUUGUUUAUUUUUAGUUAAAGGAAGUUAGAUUAUUUUACAUAAAUGAAAUGUUAUAGUUUUAAUAUCAUUAUAUAAUGAAUGCCUUUAUUUUAACCGGCAUAAUUUAAUAAGUUUUUUAAAAAAGGCUUUCAAGGUUUCGUGUUCUCCCGUCUUCAGUCGUAACUACGAUAACGUCUUCUGCUGAAGAGAUUCGAGUCCUCGAACUUAACGUUCUCACUUUACGUCUGGUUAGUUUGUUUUCAUUCUAUUUUAAAUCAAAUUCAACUGAAGUGAGAAAAGCAAAUUCAGCAUGGGGAUCAUGAUCAUUGUUAAGAGAGACGAAAGGGAGAGAUGCGGUGGCCUUGAGAUGUAACAUGUGAUAAUUUAGUUCUUAGGAAAAAAACUUAGAAAGAACUCCCUUAGAAAGAAAGCGUCUGUAAUAAGCUCAAUUUGACAUCAAAAAUAACAUGAAAACAUAUCUUCGGCACGGUAGAGUACCAGUUAUACGACAUAAAUAAGACCGAACGGUAGCAACGAAUAACCGAGAAUUGCGGAUAAGGAGGAACUAUCGAGGUUCGGUUAUUAAAACAAAACGUCCAUGCAAUAGAGGAAGGAAAUAAUUGAACAAAUUAAAAAAUAAGUCUUAGAAAUCCGAUGCGAUAAAAGACAGUCAUAACCAUUCCACACUGAAAUUAGUAUCUAAUUUCACCUUUUAUGCACACAGAAGUAAAAUAACCUCAUGGAAGAACAAAAAUAGGUCCACUGCGAUACAGAGCAUGGUCUUUAUAAAAUUAGGUGCUAUGUCUUGAGCCGUAUACGUUUUACAGUAGAAGAAAUAAUAAUUUUAGAAAUAAUCAGUAUGAAGUUCCAGUACGAAUAGGGUCUCAGUGUUAUAUCAGGUAAAACCAAAUGUUGGUUAGUCAGAACUCUCUUGCAUAAUUUCACAACAUACGUGUACUAAAUUUGAUAAUCAUUAACCAACUAUAAAAUAGAUCAGUGCAAAAAGCUUAAGUAUAAAAAUUACUGAUCAUUUGCACUAUAUUAUUUUCCCUACUGAGGCACAAAUAUUACACAACAUAACGCUAUUUCUCUAUUGUAGGGUCAUGCUGACCAGCGCCCUCCAUCAUCAAAAUCGAAUCCCUAAGACCCAAAGUGGUUUUAAAAAUAGAGGUUAUUUAAGGAAGAAUACGAUUAAAGCUAAAAAUCACUGGAUGAAAAUGUCUCGGCUUUUCAUGCUAAAAAAGAGUCACGGAGUGUAAAGGCUAGGUCAAGCUAAACGAGGGUUUUUAAAUAAAGCUCAGCGAAGUCCUUGUGCGAAUACUUACGGGCUACUAAUACAUUCAUCGGAUUUCGAAGCACUGUAUUACUCAUACAAUAAUAAUUGAUAUAUGAAAAGAACCAGAAACUUGCCAAAUUUUCCAUACACCGUAUAAAUGUUUUAUGUGUAAUUACGCAACACACAUCCAAGAGUAAUCGAAAUCAGUCUAUGCGCUCUCUAGCCUUUCAUCUUGUCAAUAGUCGUCACAACAACAAUGAUACUUUCCCUGAGCAGUACGAGGGUUGUCUGCUGUAGGGAUAUAUACGAAAAAAUAAUCUUUAAUAUACCUUCCGAAGGAAGAAUUCACAUGUGUUAAAUCAAGAAACCUAAACGACCAUUGCCAAAGAUGUAGGCCGAACGUUAUUGCUUGGAUAUGGUCACUUUUAGCAACCAUGUGUUAUAAUCUUAAACAAAUAGCGUUUCCGUAAUUUACAUACGUUUCGUGAAAAUAUAUUAAAUUUUAUGUUCUUUAGAUUUUGGUACAGACAAAACUUUAAUGAACUACACAGCGUUGUUGUUUAAAUGCUAUUGUUAGGAAUAAUUAGGAAUUUUUACUGAAUGUAUUGCAAUGAAAUUCAGUUAUGUUAUAUAAAUAUAUUUAAAAAUUUUAUACAGUUAUUUAUUUUGGCAUCAGAUGUGCCAAAUAGCAUUUUAACAUUUACCUUUCAUAUUUUAGCACAAUCUAGGUUCAUUUUAUAUGAUUGAUUUAAUCUCCGUUCUAAAUAACGAUUAAGAUUUUUAACGCAGAAUAUUUGUUUUCUUUUUAGUCGUAUUUUCCAAACUAUUAUUGCAUAUUUUUCACUUAAGGUUUGAAAAUUAAAUUUGAAAUUAUUGUAAUUAAUUCUUUUACAUACCAUUUGAACUUAUGGUAUUGGUGACAUUUUUUUACUUACAGAUGAUGUUCUAGUCAGUAUUUAAUAGGCUGCAACAUUUAUCUUGUGCUGUCUUAAGCAUGAAAUGACAUUUUUUAUUUCAUAGCCUCUUAUUCUGUGCUCAUUGCCAAAAAUAAUUAAUUCAUGAUUUCAUAUGAAUAUUUUUAAUGCAAUUAUACUUUUAUUUCACAUAUUUUCAUCAAUUUUAAAGCUGUAUGUGAUUUACUGAUUUGAAAAGUAUCUUCUAUGUAUGUCAGUUCAAAAAAGCUAAGUCCAAACACUGCAACAAACGCUUCAAAAUUUUAAUGCUUCUGAUUAAAUGUUUAUCAGCAAUUGGAAUUCAUCCUUUCUUGUCACUUUGAAUAUUUCUUGCAUGGCUUAUAAUCUGAAAUGUAAAAGAUUGCAUUAAAAUUUAUUUAUAAAGAUAAAUCAUUUGUAACUUAAA